AUGGAGGAUAGGAAGAGGCCCGCCAUCGGCGGCGCCGAUGAUUUGACUGCUCCUCCCAGCAAAAGAGUCGCUGUGAAUGGUUCCAAGACGAAGGAUGAUGCGAUAGAAAUGAAGGAGGAAGGCUGGGUUGAAGCAUAUACCAAAGGAGCCAUAUACCGCCAAAUGCAAGAAUAUAGUCGCAAGGCUGCCACGGCUGAAUCACGUCUCGAAGAGCUGCACAAGCGAUGCGUCCAUCACGAUGAUCACUUGAAAAUCAUAGAUGCUUGGUGGCGUCAACUGCUUCAAGAACUGGAAGUUGUAGCCCAGUCCCAAAUGUCAGACGAUCCAGCUACAUCCGAACCACCAUAUCUCAGCGGGAUUAAUUUCAAAGAUUUAAGCGAAUUUCAGACCCACCUCCAAGAUAAAGGAAAAACUAUCAAAACGAAAGCCGAGUCUCUUCUUGGCCGCAUCUCCGCUCAGCGCGGCUCCUUGACGCCAGACGCUGCUGCCCUGGAAGGGAGAGUCAACAAACUAUUGGCGUCCCAGAAAGAGUACAUGCUGAAGUUGGAUCGCCUGCAUACAGAAAAGGACCAGCUUUCUGAACAGUUGAAUGCGGCCACUUUGCGGUACUUCAAGGCUGAAAAGAAGCUGGAUCGAGCCAAGAGUGCGCAAGUACAAAAGCUGGAGCAACAAGCCUUUGCAAACUCCACACGUCCCACUGGAGCUGCGGCAACAAACGAGGUCGCAUCCGAUCAACAUGAAGUAAAUGGUUCGACGGAUGAGCUUCUGCUCAAGUACGAGGAGGUAUCGGCCUCGGCGACAAAGCAGAAGGAACAGCUCGAUUCCAUCCUAUCCGAGCUGAAGGCUCUGCAAGACGAGAACUCGACACUUAAAUCACGCCGUGAAACAUGGACAGACGAAGAUUUUAUCCGCACAGAUGUUUUCAAGCAGUUCAAGGCGCAGAACGAGGAGUUGAUCAAGAGAAUCAACAAUCUCGAGGCAACCAACAAGCAGCUUCGAGAGGAGGCCGAAAAACUGCAGGCAGAACGCACCGCGUGGAAAAUUCAGCUGGAGGCGGAUGCGAAUCAAGUAACGCAGGAAUUGGAAGCCGACAUCAUGUCAAGAGACCAAGACCUGGCAAGGGUUCGUUCAGCCAGAGACGAGAUUCUGGCUGAAAAUUCCCAACGAAAGGCCGGCAUGGAGCAGGAAAGGACCUCGAUCGAGCAAGUCAAGGAUCUUUGCAGCGCCAAAGACGACCGUAUUGCUGCGCUGGAGUCUCAGAUCUCCAGGUUCCAGGAGUCACAAGGUCAAGAGGUGACGACGAGUGAAGAAGAUGCUGGUCAUCUUUCACCAGGCGAACUGGAACAAAAGUACAAGAAGCUGCAGCAAGACUUUCAGUCCAUCAACCAAGAAUUGCCGUCCAUAGAGAAAGCCUACAAGAAGAUGAAGGAUCUGGCGCAAAAGAAGGUGAUGGACUUUGUUGCGUUGGAAGAGAAGAUUUCCCUCUUGAUUGCCGAGAAGAGCAAGGCGGAUCAGAAGUAUUUUGCGGCCCGAAAGGACGCCGACACUCGAAACAAUGAGAUCAGGUCACUCAGACACCAGAAUAGCAAGAGCGCCGAGAUCAUUGCUCAGCUGAAAGACCUGGAGGCCCAGAACCGAGUACUGCUCAGCAACCUCGAGAAGCAAGUUGGAGACUUGAAGCAGUCCAACGCAGCGUUGGCGGCAGAGAACAAGAAGAUGGAGACGACCAGCCUGGAGGCCGUGAGACGCUCCGACUCGCUGAGUCGACAAAUCACCGAUUUGACAAGCCUGGUGAAAUCUCGCGACAAUGCCUCGGCAGUUGUUCGAGAACGUAAUACCAUCCAAGAAGCCGAGGUGGAGAAGUUAAAGGUCCGAGUCGAACAUGCCCAAAAGGAUCGAGACAAUUGGAAGAGCAAGGCGUUGAGCAAUUCAUCAGAGGAGGAAGAAAUGCUUCGAACAUUCGCGCUUUGCACCAUCUGCAGAAACAACUUCAAGAACACGGCGCUCAAAACAUGCGGUCACCUGUUCUGCAACAAAUGCGUCGACGACCGAAUCAGCAACAGGAUGCGCAAGUGCCCCACGUGUUCCCGGGCUUUUGACAAGAUGGACGUCAUGCCUGUUCAUCAUUGA